GUACAUGUUCUGUGACACGUUUGCCAGAGAUACACUAAGGACGUUUUCGACGGAGCCCACAUUCAAUGAGCCCCGAAGAAGCGGCAGGAGUUUCGUGAUUCAAAGAGACACGCCCGUCUGAAAACAUGAAGGCUCGCAUCGAAGACCGCAUCGUCUACUCACCAUACCCACACAUCGAUAUCCCCUUGUACUCCUUUUAUUCCUUGGCAAAAGAAAAGCUGCUGAUUAACCCCAACAAGAUGGCGCUGGUAAGCGACAUACUCAGCCUGACACGUGCCGAAGUUCUGGCUGGCAUGCAGCGCUAUGCCAUCGGUUUCCGACAGAAUGGCAUGCUUCCCGGAGACAAUGUCUGCAUUCACCUGAACAACAGCGUGGAAAAUCUGAUAGCCAUUUACGGCUGCAUCCUAGCGGGUGCGACAGUUUUCCUGGCCAGUCCCUUUCUCACCGAAUAUGAGCUGCGCUAUGAAGCGGAAGACUGUGAAUGCGUACACGUCGUUACCGACGAGCCGAAUGCAUUGAAGGUUACCAAAGCAUUUGCACGCUUAAAAAUUCAGGAGAAAGGAGAGACAGAAGCAAGAUUCUAA